GGCAUGAUUUCUACAAUAACAUUGCAUCAAUCCGUAGCUACUGGGUGUGAAGUUUCAUCCUAGGCUAUAAUUUUUUUUAUUCUGGAACUGGAACAGACAUCAGAGUAUAGUAGCUCGGUACUGAGCUAAAGUACAAUAACGGUUCAAUCUUGUCUAUAAACCAACACUACCGACACGAACAAAAAGCGUUUUGCUUCCGCUAAUUAGCACUUGCUUUAAUUUACAAUUCAAUACGGAUAGAUCUAUACAUGGCAAGCGGAUCUUGCCGCUCACGUGCCACUAGAAAACGCGAGUAGUUUCCGGAAAAGCACUCAGUAUUGCAAGGUAGAAAGUACUGCAAGCACCAGGAAGGUUCAUGCCUCAAACUCUAUCAGAGAACAUUUGUAGUGGAAGUACAUGGAGUGGAAAUGAGACGAAGAGUCGUGCCCAUGCCAGCAAGUCCAUGUUGCUACACGGAUCCGUGCUUGUUCUCUUUACCUACGCCUUCACACUAACAGUCCUGAUAGUGGCAAUGCACCACAGACUUGGAAAAACUGAAGAGACGUUACAGCGUAUAAAAAAAGCCAUGUCCAAGUUGGAAGUGACUGCUGGUAAUAAUUAUAAGCAGAAGUCUGCUCAGUCAGCAAUAAGGAAAGGUGGUGAAGAUAAAAUGCACCUGGAAGAAGAGAGGCAUACCAGAAGCAGCUCUUGGUCCAAUGAGAGGGAGAUCACACCAAAUGAAUGCAGCUGCCAAAAUGGUCUACCUGGGAAAGCUGGCCCCAAAGGUGAACCUGGAAAAGAAGGGAGACGAGGUUCAAAAGGUUCUAAAGGAAGCAAGGGAAACAGAGGAGUCAAAGGAGCCAAAGGAGAUGAAGGAGUUGCAGGAACUACAGGUCAAACUGGCAUGCCAGGUCUAAAUGGCAGAAAAGGAGAGCCAGGGGACCAGGGUAGGGAAGGAGACAAAGGAAGCAGUGCUUUUCGUGCUGCAGUUGCUGUUCAUACUGUGAAUAGCGGAAAUCUAAACCUAGACGAUCAACCUAGCACAAAUAUAAAUGGCAACGAAACUAUUAAUUUUCUUGUCAGUGAUGACAGCAUGCUACUGAUUCCACCUACUGACUCUAACAUCAUAUUGUCAAGUAAUGGUCUACAUUUGAAGUUACCUGGUAUCUACUAUAUAUACUGUCAAGUGUCCAUCGGAGCACCAGCUAAUGAAGUAGAUGUCUCGCUAGUCCAAGAUGCCAUUGCAGUAGCUACAGGACUAUCUGGAUCUGUCAAUUUUCCUAAAACAGUCUUUCUUGGAAGAUUGAUUUGUGUGAGAAACAGAAGAGGUUCCUACAUAAAUGUCAAAGUGAAAAGCUUAAAACCUGCAACCAUAUGGCUAAACGGUCGCAAUACAUAUGUAGGAGCUUUCUUGGUGGGACCCUUGAGUGGAACAAUGAACAACAGUAACCACUGUUAGACUGAAUCACAUAAAAAGUACAAAGAUAGUGAAAUCAACUACAGUGGUAAAGUACUAUGUCUAUAUAUAGACUCAGAGUAAGAAGAACAAAGUAGCUUACCUAUGAAACUUCAAAGAAUCUGUAGAGUAAAC